AUGUGUCAGACAUUUUCACUCAACACACCGACUACUAUUCAGCGUCGACAUAUUGGCUUUGGAGUCAUUCUAAUCUUCUUCUCUAUUGCUCUAAUCAUCGCCGAGGCUAAACGACCCAGUUUUACCUAUGUAGGCUAUUGGGUUGGAACCACCAGUGUUCUGCCAUCAAUUUUGGCAAUAGCAUGUGGAAUUAAAACAGAUAAGCGUAUUCUUAUUUGCGCCUCCGUUAGUGAUAUCAUUGCUUCAGUUACAUGUGUAUCUGGAGCUAUUCUUUCCCUGGUCUUCUUCUCAGUCCAGGUCUAUGCCGUUGGGUGGUUAUCGGUUAUCCUUACUACAUUCCUUCUUUACCAUGCCUUUAUGAUAUUUGGCGAACUUAGUGUCUGCUGUAAGAUAACAAUUUUUGAAAUGUCCGAUGUGGGUUCGGAGGAUAAUGACCGACGUCGGAGAGAUAGGGAUUUCCCGGCCCCUCCGGUGGGAUUCAUUAUGCCGGAUGAAGUUCCAAAACCCCCUAACUAUGAUCAACUAUCAAUCCGAGGCGAUCCACCGUCUUAUAGUCAAAUCUAUUCCCAACCACCUCGAGCUUCCCCAACUUCACCACCACCUCCACCCUCAGUUGCUGCAGGUCAACGAAAAAAGGAAAGGUCAUCCAGUGCUAUUAGGAUUCCAAUAAGUGAUAGAAACGAUCAAAAACACCCCUCGAAUAAUACAUCUCACCCUCGAUCAAAUCUAAGUGGCGAGACAAGAUCGGCUUCAAUGAAUGCGUUAGAAGGAGUUUGA